AGCGCCGCGGCCCGGCCGUGCUCCGCGGGGUGUUGCCGGGCCCAAGAUGGCGGCCGCGGCCGCGCUCCCCCUUGGGCGCCCCGCCGGGCUCCGGAGCGCUCCGCCGGGCCCGUCCUGCCCGGGGCUCCGCGGCCGCCCCCGGGGAGCGUGAGGCGCGGCCCCGCGGCCGGGAUGUGCGAGGCGACCGCAGGUAGGUGGCAUGUUGGAGAGAAAUGCGUUGCACCUUGUCCUGAAAAUGGGAAACUUUGUGAAGGAACAAUAUCAUCUAUUGAAAAGGACAAGAAUGGAAAAUCAUUUGCUACUGUAUCAUUCCUGGAGUCUGAAGAAAAGAAAAUACUAGUAUCUAAACUCUGUAGAGUUGAAGCUGGUAGAGGUCCCCGGAAAAGCGUAAUAUUUGAUGAUGGUGAUCUGGAAAAGCCUUAUUUUCCUGACCGAAAUCUUCUGUCUUCAGCAGUGGCUUUUAAGUUAUCUGACAAUGGCGAUUUUAUCCCAUAUACAAUUAAUAGAUACCUGCGUGAUUAUCAAAGGGAAGGAGUCCAGUUUCUGUAUGGACACUAUGCUAAUAAAAGGGGAUGUAUUCUUGGAGAUGAUAUGGGCCUUGGAAAGACAAUACAGGUCAUUUCAUUUCUGGCUGCAGUGUUGCACAAGAAGGGAACACGUGAAGAUAUUGAAAAUAAUAUGCCAGAAUUUUUACGGAGGACAAUGAAAAAAGAAUCAAAGUAUAGCCCUAAGAAGCCUUUUCUCAUAGUGGCCCCUCUUUCAGUGCUGUACAACUGGAAGGAUGAGUUAGACACAUGGGGGUACUUCAAAGUCUCCAUCUUACAUGGCAGUAAAAAGGAUGAUGACCUGAGCCGCAUCAAGCAGGGGAAAUGUGAAGUUGCCCUUACAACAUAUGAGACACUUCGCUUGUAUUUAGAUGAACUUAACAGUGUAGAGUGGUCUGCUGUCAUAGUGGAUGAAGCGCAUAGAAUCAAGAAUCCAAAGGCUCAAAUAACUCAAACCAUGAAGUCCUUAAAAUGCAGUGUUCGCAUAGGCCUUACUGGAACCAUUCUUCAAAACAAUAUGAAGGAACUGUGGUGUGUUAUGGACUGGGCUGUACCAGGACUUUUGGGUAGUAGAAUGCAUUUCAAGAAGAAAUUUUCUGAUCCAGUGGAGCAUGGUCAGAGGCACACUGCAACUAAAAGAGAGCUAGCAACAGGUCGUAAGGCCAUGGCGAAGCUAGCAAGAAAGAUGUCCGGCUGGUUUCUGAGACGUACUAAAGCACUUAUCAGUGAUCAAUUGCCAAAAAAGGAAGACAGAAUGGUGUACUGUUCCCUGACAGAAUUCCAGAAAGCAAUAUACCAGGCUGUGCUGGAGACAGAGGAUGUAAGCUUAAUAUUAAGAGCAGGAGAGCCCUGUAACUGCAACAGCGGCCGUAAAAGGAAGAACUGUUGUUACAAAGCGAAUGCUUAUGGUGAAACAAUUAAGUCACUGCGCUUCAGCUAUCUGACAAUCCUACAGAAAGUUGCAAAUCAUGCUGCACUGCUGCAAACAGACAACGCUAGCAAGCAACAGGAAGCACAUAUCAAACGGGUGUGCAGCGAGGUCUUUUCCAGUUUUCCAGAUUUUGUGCAGUUAAGCAAAGAUGCAGCCUUUGAAACAAUUUCUGAUCCAAAGUACAGUGGAAAAAUGAAGGUUCUUCAGCAGCUCUUAAAUCACUUUAGAAAAAACAAGGACAAAGUUCUUCUUUUCUCCUUUUCUACAAAGCUGCUAGAUGUGCUGGAGCAGUACUGUAUGGCGUCUGGGCUAGAUUACCGAAGACUUGAUGGAAAUACAAAAUCAGAAGAUAGAAUGAGAAUCGUAAGAGAAUUCAACAAAAAUCAAGAAAUUAACAUAUGCCUAGUAUCUACAAUGGCUGGUGGACUGGGUCUUAAUUUUGUGGGUGCAAAUGUUGUAAUACUGUUUGAUCCAACAUGGAACCCAGCAAAUGAUCUUCAGGCCAUUGACAGAGCUUACAGGAUUGGUCAAUGCAAGGAUGUUAAAGUGUUUAGACUGAUAUCCUUGGGAACUGUGGAGGAGAUGAUGUACUUACGUCAAGUUUAUAAGCAGCAACUACACUGUGCGGUGGUUGGAAGUGAAAAUGCCAAGCGGUAUUUUGAGGCAGUGCAAGGAUCAAAGGAACAUCAGGGAGAGCUUUUUGGGAUCCAUAACCUUUUCAAACUCAGGAUUCAUGGGUCUUGUCUUACCAAAGAAAUCCUAGAGAGGGAAGGGCGAGUAGAAGCAGGAGUUAUGACAGCAACUACUUGGCUAAAGGAAGAGUCUCCUCCACACAGCUCAGAAAGGUAUGAACGACCAGACUUUGGAGGAGAUGGAGAUCCCCCAAACUCUAAGGCACAGUUAGAGAGAGAAGAAAUAGAUUUUCAUAAUGAUUUUAGUGAUGAUGAUAUGCUGGAAAUUUCCAUGAAAAGAAAUGACAGAAAGAGGCCUUGCAGUGCAAAUAAUUUAACAGUAACAAAGGGACAGCUUUCCUUAAUGCAGUGUGGUUUUUCUAAAUUGUUGCAGAGUGAAAUUGAAACUACCAAAAAAAAUGAUAAUGACAACUCUUAUCAUUCAAGUUCUGAUGGUCAGACUACAAGAACAAAUGUAAAUAGCAAAUGUACUGGUGUUCAGAAACAUCAAAGCCAUGUGCGUGUUUUAGAGCACAGCAAAGCUGCUCAGUCACCAAAUGGAACUGACAAACAAGAAAUGUGUAGUGCAGAUUGGCUUGUUUUAUCAAACUCGGAGGAGGAAGAGGAUGGAGAAGAUGAGGAUCAGUGCAUUUCAAAGCAGAAUGAUGUAGUGAUGGAAACUGAAAGUAGUUCUGAAGAGAACGAUAACAUUAUCUUUCCAACCCAAGUUUCAGCAUGCCACCAAGCAGUGCUUACUAAAAGAGCUGAAAUACACAGAUCACCGUCUGAAAAUCCUUUAGAGUCAGCAAAAGAUAGGUCUAUAUUUAAAAGAGACUGUAGGCAACUUGGAUUCUGUAGUACUGAGUCAAAUGUCAGCAAAAUCAGGUCUUAUGAAGAUGUUAAGAACAGUGCAAGAGAUUUGAAAGGUGCAAGUGAUGUGAGUGAUGAGUCUGAUGAUAUUGAAAUUCCCUGUAAUUCUGAAUCGGAAAAGUUGAGAACUUCCAGCUUUCCAAGAUGGAAACAAAGGCAUGCCCAUAGCAAUGAACUAGGUAACUUCUCCAAAUCUCAGCUGCAAGCGAAACCCAGUAGAAAAGAAAAGGAAAGUGAAUCUCAGAACAUAGAUGAAUUUUCAUCCUCUGAAGAUAACUUACCAGUUGAGAAGAUUCAUGCCAGAAAGCAAAGCUAUAAGUGUAAAAGCCAGAGACGGACAGUUCGGUUUGGGUCCAAAAUCCUCCAUCCUAUUCAAGAUAGAAUGUGCACUGUUGCAGAAAAGAAGUCCAGCAGUUACGCUCCGCAUAAAACUUAUGCACAUAAAGCAGAAUUUGACCAUCAGGAUCACAAAGUGGAAUCAAUGGACAAAUAUUUAGAUGGUGUUCAGGAAGUGGCAUAUAUACAUUCGAAUCAGAAUGUGGUUGGAUCCAGCAAGGCUGAGAAUCACUUGAGCCGGUGGGCAGUGCGAGAUGUAUUUGAGUUGAAGCAAUUUUCCCAGCUCCCUGCUAAUGUAACAGUCUGUAGUGCCAAGAAAGAUGAAGAAAACUCUGAAGAAGAGAUGGCGGGGGCGAACGUUAUGAAAAGAGGGAAAGAAAUGAUGUUGAACAGUAAGCAACACCUCUAUGUUGUGCAUCCUGUGAUCCAGAAAAACAAAAAAGUACACAGAGUGGGUUCAACCACCUUCUUGGUUGGAAAGACACCCAAAGAAAUACGCAGGAGACAAUUUGAGGAAAUGGUAUCUCACUUCAAUAUGGGAUCAGUGGAAGAACUUGCAGAACAUAUUACAAAAGCUACAUCAGAAACACGGCAGAAGAUGUUGAGAGAAUUUUACAUUUCAAAGCAUCCAGAGGCGGAAUCUUUGUUUCCAGUUGAAAUACCAGCACAAGUUUCUCACGAUUAUGUGGAAAGAGAAGCGGAUGCAAGAAACUCUAGAAAAAGAAAAUCUGUUGUUAAUUUCGGAAGACUCAAGUCUAGACUUUCAUCAGCUAAAGAACUUCUGAGUGGAACUACAGGAAUGCAGAAACAGCAAAGCUGUGAAGAAGUAGAGCAACUUCACAGUGAUUUCUGUUUGCAAGAUAAUGUGUGUGUUAAAAAUACAAAAUACAAACAAUCACUCACUGAUGCUACUCAAGAUAUUGAAAGGAGAAACAGUCAGGCAUUCAAGGAUUUUAUGGCAUCUGGUUCAUUAAGCAGUAAAUCAGAAAUAAUUGAGGUGCUGUCUGUAAAAAGCUGUGAAGAACAGCAGGAUUCAGCAGUAAUAGAGCUGCCAAGAAAAAGAUCCCUGUCUCAGUCAGAAAACAAGGAGAGAAAAGCUGAGACUUAUAAGAAGUCUUUUGUGGACUUGCUUGGAGAUACCUCUAUUCUCAAUGACCUCUUCGGAAAUGGUGGAAAUGAGCCUACGGAAUCACCAAGGAGAAUCCCUUCGGGGCAAGUAGAAAAAUCAAAGGAAAGACCGAAAGACUUCUGGGACAUGCUGAAUGAGCAGAAUGAGGAGAGCCUCAGAAAGCUCACGGACCUGGCAGUCAUAGAGAAGCUGUGUGAAAGAGCACCUCAAGCAGUGACAGAGAAGAGAGGUGUGUGUGAAAGUUCUCUUUGGAAAAAAAAUGAGAACUUUCUAUGGAAAAAACACAGUACAGAUGAUCCAGAUGAACCAUCCACUGCUACAUCUUGUGAUGUAGUGAAAUGAAGAUUUUCUGCGUGAGUUGGACUAUAAUUGUUUUAGUUAAAUGAACAUUAAAAUGUGUAGAACUUCUGCAAAACAUGAUACCUCCUUGAAAUGAAAUGUAAAGUGAUGAAUUCAUAUUUAUUAUGAUACUAGUGUACAUUUUACAUUGACUAAAUUGUACAUUAUCAUAAGCUAUGACAUACCAUUUUAGAUUAAAUUCUUUUUAAAUGUUUUGAGUGCACUUUGCUUUCUUGAAUCCUGAUUAUAUUCCUACAGUCGGUAGCAAUGCUAAGCAGUUUUCCCCGUGUGCACAUUUGCUACCCUCAGACAUUGUGGCAGAAUCUGAGUAUGGUAACAGGAUUUGACAAAGCAACUCUUCGUAUUUUCUGAGCUACUGAGGACUCGGAGCAUCCAGAGACAGGGGUGAUUUCUAGACUUAAAUGUUUUUUUUUUUUAUUGGAUUUUGCUCAGUCU